CGCUACAAGUUAAAAGGCCAAUCAUUUGAGGGAACAUCAAAAGUAUCCACCUCAGUAACGCAUCGUCUACACCUCAGUAACGCUUCGAACGGCCACCGAGCCGCUUGUGUGUGUGACAAACAAUAUUCGAAAUGCAGUUUCAACUUUCGUAUUUCGUACUUGUGUUUUAUCUUACGGAAUUCAUAAAUGCAGAUAAGCAAUGCCGAAUGCCGAACGGCAACACCGGAGAAUGCAUGAUAAUGAAGAAAUGCAAGCCUCUGUACGAACUCAACAGGAAGAGAACUAAGACUAACGACGAACUGUUGUAUUUGAGACAAUCAUUGUGUACAGUCACAAGUGGCUUCAAACAGGUGAUUUGCUGUCCACCCGAAUCGCAGUGGUCCGACUUCGAUGGUAUAAUAAAGCCUGUUUUAUAUGAAGAAUUUAAAAUUGAUGAUAUAGUUACCAAAGAAAAACCCGUUACGAUCAACGACAAUGGCAUUGAAUUGGACACUCGAGGUACUAAAGACGACAGAGAUCCACCGAAUAAUACAAAUCAAGACAAUAUUUCCAAAGUACCUAUUGAAGAUGACACAGAUUGUGGAAAAGAUACAUCUAAUGCUAAUAGAAUAAUUGGUGGAGGCCCAGCGGCGAUCGACCAAUAUCCCUGGCUCGUACUGCUCGAAUAUGCGAGAGGGGUCACUCUUUGCGGCGGCAGUCUUAUUUCAUCAAGAUUUGUUCUUACUGCAGCGCAUUGCUUACGAGAAGAUAAUUUACCAAUUUUCGCCCGAUUGGCCGAAUAUAACACUACGUCUUAUCCAACUGAUUACGUCGAGACUGAUGGCGGUGGAGUCGAUAGCAUAACGGUAGAAAUUGUAGCAAUAGAAAGAAGUAUACGUCACCCCAACUACACAAGGGCAUAUCAUCAUCAUGACAUCGGCCUAAGUAAAUUAAAACAAGCUGUAACUUUCACAGAAUUCAUCCGUACAAUAUGCCUACCGACGCUAGAUUAUCGGAAAACUUUCACUCUACCAUUAAAUUUCACUGUCGCCGGUUGGGGUAGUGACGGUUCAAAAUUUAGCGAUGUCAAGAAACACGUAAGAAUACCUUAUGUACCUAACGAUCAGUGUAGACAAAGCUAUCCAUUGAACAGAAUAGUUGAUAGUCAAAUGUGUGCGGGAGGGAGACGUGGGGAAGAUUCCUGUUCUGGUGAUUCCGGUGGACCAUUGAUGUAUGAGCUAGAAGACAAUACUUACGUAGCCAUUGGAGUGGUUAGCUUCGGUUACAGAGAGUGUGGUACUGAGAACAUACCGGCUAUAUACACAUAUAUUUAUCAAUAUUUAAAUUGGAUAAAGGAUAAUAUGAUAUAAAAAUUGUUAAGACUUGUAUUUACUUAGCUUUAGGUAAACAUUGUGGUGCAAAAUGACCUCAAUAAUUUUAGUUAGCUAAAAGAGAUUUAUAGAGUGAGGAUAUUGACUGAACCCAUGGUGAAGUGUCAUCAAAGAUGAACAAAGUUAUUAUUAAGGAGUUUAUAUUUAAGAAAAUCAUUGAAGACAAAUGAAAAUUUAAUUAUUUAUUUAAUUCCCACCAUUGGUAAUUACUAUUUAGCAUUUUAUUGAUAUUAUUAUGUACAGCUUUGAUCUCGAUGUGUAAUAACUUUGUAAUUACCUGACUUGUAUAUUUCUAGUUUUUUUUUUUACUACAUGGAUACUAUUGAUGUGUAUUUCCUUGCAUUUUAGUUUUAAUUUUAAAUAGACAUUUUAAUUUGAUAAUUAUUUUCAGUCAAAUUAUUAAUUUUACUCAUAUAAUGGAUACACACAGUCGUUUAAUUGUAAAUUUUUAUUGUCAAUUUUUGUUAAGAUAUAAGCAGAUUGUUGUUACGUAUCUAAUAUUUCUUGUACCAUUUCAACUAAGCUUUACACUUCUGCAAGGUUUUUAACAUUGUUCGAACAGCAGGAUUUGAGUCCCCAUUCCCGAUCUGAAGACCGUACCCUUUAACCAUUAAGGCUUUUAGUUUUAAAAUCUACACGUGAUUGUCGUAUUCACUGAACGACUCUGCGUUUUAUAGUAUUUUGUUAAUGUAGUCUUAUUUAUUUAGUGAUAAGUCGCUUUGCAAUUUAGUACUUAAGUCAAAAACAAUAAAAAUUACU